AAAUAAGUAUUUAGGCUUUUUAAAAUAAAAUGAAGUUCAAGUUGUUUAGUGAAAUGUACUGCAACUUACCAUGUAAUAAGUAUCAAGCAAAAAUGCGUUUGUAAAAGUUAAAAUGGCUGCUGAUUUUGUAUUCAAGAUUAUUAUAAUUGGAGACUCAGGCGUUGGAAAAUCAUGUCUGCUCCGACGAUUUGCAGACCAAUCAUAUACAGAUAAUUAUAUAAAUACAAUUGGGGUAGAUUUUAAAGUACGCACAUUUGAAAUUUAUGGUAAAACAGUCAAGUUAAAUAUCUGGGACAGUGCAGGGCAAGAACGUUUUCGAACUAUUGUAAAUACAUACUAUCGUGGUGCACAUGGUAUAUGUCUUGUGUAUGAUAUAACUAAUAUGGAAUCUUUUACAAAUUUAAAUGAUUGGUUAAAAGAUGUUAGUGAACUUGCAGAAAAAAAUGCAAAAAAGCUUAUUAUAGGCACAAAGUUGGAUUUGGAAUCACAACGCUGUGUAAAGACAGAUUAUGUCCAGGCUUACAGUGAUCAAUUCGACAUUCCUUUCAUUGAAACCAGUUCAAAAGAAGGAAGAAAUGUUGACGAUGCAUUUCGUCAAAUGACAAAACUGUUGUUAUCAGAUAUUGAUCAGGAAUUAGUUUCAAAUGCAGAAAAUGCAUCGAUAAAACUUCCUCCUAGCAAAAAUGUGGUUUCGAGUGGAAAUAAAAGCGAAAAGAACUGCUGCUAAUAAAAAUAAUGUUUAAACUUUAUAUUUUUUUAUUAUUUCUUUAUUAUAUUUUUUUAUUAUUUCUUUAUUUUAUUUUAGUAGUUUUAUUUCUCAGAGCUAUUUUUCUAACUUUUUUUUUUUCAUAAAUUUUAAUUUAUGAAAAAAUAAACAUAAUUUUUAAUUGCUAUCAAUUUUUACUAUUCAAAUUACUCCUGAUUUUUAUUAGUUGCUGAUUUCCGAACUUGUUACAAAUUAAUUGAAAAGUUAUAAUUUCAAAAUAUUAUAUAUACCUAGAACUUUAUAUUUUGUAUUUUUCUUUAUUUUCAAAAAAAGAAAUAUUUCAUUUCAUAGAGAGAAGUUAUAAAACAAUACUUUGUCUUUGCAUUUUUUGUGUGUGUCUGUUUGUUUGUGUAAAAAUCUCAAUUCACUCAAGUUUACUUUCAAUUGUACUGAUUAUCGAAUAUUAAAUGUUGGUUUUAAUAUUUUAAAAUGUUUUAAAUUUUCUAUUUGUUUCAAUGUUCUAUGGUUUUUAUAGUAAUUUAUAGUUAAUCUUUUUUGACAACAUUUCUUAUUAUAAUUGUAUUUUUUUAAAUGCUUAACUGCUAUAAAAAAAAAAGUUAUUUUGAUGUUUA